AUGCAAACUUAAGAGUUAUGAGUUAGCAGCUCAAAAUUUUUCAUUUCAUAGGGAAAUAUUCAGUAUUAUAGUACUAACAUGUAUUUGUUGCACAAAAGAUUGUGAAUAAGUGUGUUAAUUUAUAAAAUAUAGGGCGGAAUCGUUGCUUAUUAUUAUAUGCAUACAUAUUUGCUGUAGUGUGGGCAAGGAUGCUCAAAAAAGAGAGCUGUGGCAACAAAGUCUUGCUAUCCAUUGUAACCUAAAGCUUGGAAAGCAUUCCUACGUUUGCAGUUAACAUUUCGAACUUAAAUACUUUAACUUUUCUGGUAUGUGCAAAAAUGUGCGGUUGAAGCAUGAUGCUGUGCCACGUUUAUUUAAUCCAAAUGAGUAUACAGGACCCAUAGUAUCGGAAAAUUUCUUGGAAUCAAUGGAUGUAUCUAGUUCCAUAAAUAUAGUAGCAAAUCAAGACAAGAGUCAGCAAUCAGAUCCUGAAUUAAGUGACAAUCAUGAUAAGGUCAUACAAGAUACUGAUGAAUAUAAUUAUGUGGAGUCAAUCACAAGUGGUAAAGCGAUCCCCAAAGAUUCCAGUUAUGCAUCAGUCAUUGAAGUUGGUGAUGUUUUGAAUGAUUCUACCAAAUCUGAGAGUGACAGUUUGUUUGAUGAUAGCAGCAAAAAUAGUACUGUACGUCAAAGGUCUGGCCUAUCUUCAAUUUUAAAUGUUGAUCUAUAAAAAUUGGAUGUUUCAACGGAAGUGAGGGAAAUAUUAUUCAAACCAAGGGAAGAGGUUAAAAAUCUUCGU